AUGGCUGACGACGAGCGUGAGGCAGCACCAUCCCCAUUGUACAGCGCCAAUACUGACAGGAAAGAGCGAGGAUCGUCUCGAGGCGAGGACCGCAGACGCAGCAGAUCCCCUCGACGAGACCGGGAUAGGCGGGAAGAUCGGCCGCGACGCAAAGACGGAGGCUUCAAAUGGAAGGAGAAGCGCAGAGAUGAUGAUGACCCCUCCCGUCGGGCCCGAGAUUCAGGGCUGCAACGAGGUUAUAGGGAUCAUUACCGGCCUCGUUCAAGAUCCAGGACCCCGCCUCCACGAAGACAUCCUCCCACAAGAGAUGACAAUGACCGGGAGAGAAGGCGAGACCGUGAGGAGCGCGAGCCGCGUGAGGAAAGAGAAGAGAAGAGACCAAAGAAGGAAAAGAAGCCAGCACCACCACCGGCUGCACCUACGCAGCCCAUGAUUAUAGUCUACGUCAACGACCGGCUAGGCACGAAGAAAGCUAUUCCAUGCUUUCCCACAGAUCCAAUCAAGGACUUCAAGGUCAUUGUUGCCUCGAUGAUCGGGAGACAACCCCAUGAAAUCCUCCUCAAGCGCCAGGGCGAAAGACCCUUCAAGGAUCAACUGACGCUACAAGAUUAUGGCGUCAGCAACAACGUUCAACUGGAUCUUGAGGUUGACACUGGCGAUUGA